GCAGCCCCCUUCCCCUCCCCGCCGCACCGGGCCCUUUGCCGCACCGCAGCCGCUGCCCCCAUCCCGGUCCCCGCCGUUCCCAGGCAGCGCUGAGCGGGGGCAGCGGCACCGGCCCCGCGAUGGGGCCCGGCGGCACCGGCAGCGGCUGGCCCCUGGCCGGGACUCUGCUGGUGGCCGUGGCAGCCUCGCUGGUGGCAGGGGGCGAGGACUGCCUGUGGUACGUGGACAGGAACGGCUCCUGGCACCCCGGCUUCGACUGCGACUUCCUCACCUUCUGCUGCGGCACCUGCCACCAGCGCUACUGCUGCCGCGACCCCCUGCGCCUGCUCACCGAGCGCCAGCAGCGCCACUGCCUGGCCUUCAGCCCCAAGACCAUCGCGGGCAUCGCCUCGGCCGUGGUGCUCUUCAUCGCCAUCGUCACCACCAUCGUCUGCUGCUUCAUGUGCUCCUGCUGCUACCUGUACCAGCGCCGCCACUCCCCCACCCCCCUGGCAGCUCCGGAGAUCCCUCUGGCCAGCUUCCCCCCAGGACCGCCCCCAGCCCCCUUCCCGAUGGACCCCAAAGCCGGCCCCAUGCCCCCCCAGCCUGGCUUCACCCCCAUGGCCAUGUACCCACCGCCCGGCCCUGCUGCCCAGUACCCCAUGUACCCCUCCGGGCCCCCUGUCUACAACCCCACAGCACCUCCGCCCUACGUCCCGGCACAGCCCAAUUACCCUGGAGCCUGAGCACCCGUGGGGACCCUGGCACCCUCCUCCUGCUGCCAGCCGGUGGGGUGGCACUGGGGACCCGUGCGCCCCCCACCCU